CUCCUCCCAUUUCAAUCUUCUCAUCUUAAGCUUAAGCUUGCAAACCAUUAUCAUGGGUGUGUUCACUUAUGAAACCGAGUUCACCUCUGUCAUCCUACCCCCAAGACUGUACAAGGCAUUUGUCCUUGAUGCUGAUAACCUCAUCCCCAAGAUUGCCCCACAGGCUGUGAAGGGUGUCGAAAUCGUUCAAGGUGAUGGAGGUGUUGGAACCAUCAAGAAGAUUCACCUCGGUGAAGGAAGUGAAUACAGUUACGUGAAGCAUCAGAUUGAUGGACUUGACAAAGACAACCUUGGCUACAACUACAGCAUUAUCGAAGGGGAUGCUAUCGGAGACAAGGUUGAGAAAAUCUCUUAUGAGAUUAAGUUGGUGGCAUCUCCAAGUGGAGGCUCCAUCAUCAAGAGCACCAGCCACUACCACUGCAAAGGAGAGGUUGAGAUCAAGGAAGAGCAUGUCAAGGCCGGAAAAGAAAGAGCUGCUGGUUUGUUCAAGAUCAUUGAGAACCACCUUUUGGCCAACCCUGAGGCCUACAACUAAAUUGAACUAUGACGAUGCAACUGCAUUGCUCUGUUCUAUUGUCUUGUACACUUGUUAAUG